AUGUGGAUGCAGGAUAAACCUCUGCUACAGGAGGAACUUGCAGACAAUAUCUCACAGCUUAUCCAUGUGAUUCAGAAUACAGAGGCUCGUCACCUCUUCAUUCAGACAUUUUGGCAAACUAUGAACCGUGAAUGGAAUGGGAUAGACAAUCUGCGUCUUGAUAAGUACUACAUGCUAAUGCGUAUGAUUUUGAGGCAAUCCUUUGAAGUGCUGAAAAGAAAUGAAUGGGAUGAAAGUCUAAUUGAACUAUUCCUGCAGCUACUAAUGAAAGAAGUUAUGGACCCAGACAGCAAUGCUCCCACUGGGAUAAAGUUACAUUUCAUUGAUAUCUAUCUGGAUGAAUUGGCUAAAGUUGGUGCAAAGGAGCUCACAGCAGACCAGAAUCUCAAGUUCAUUGAACCUUUCUGCAAAAUUGCUGCCAAAUCAAAGGAUCGGUGUGUGCUGCAUGCUGUAGCCACUGGUGUCUUUGAGAUCAUUGUGGAUCAGUCCCCCUAUGCCAUCGAGGACCUAAUGAAAGAACUGGGUAGCAACAGUGAUGAGGAGGAUGCAUCUGAAGAGGAGAAACAGGAAAAUGAAGAUGUGCUUAAAACCAAAGACAGAUGUAUGUCAAGAAAAUCAGCACAGAGCUCUGAAAAAACAGAGGAUGUUUAUGAAAGUGCUGAUGAUGGUAUUGGGACUGUUCUUCAGUUUGAUUAUAAGGCUGUUGCUGACAAGCUCUUUGAAUUGGCGAGCAAGAAAAAUACACCUUCCCUUAACAGAAAGCGUCUGUACAAGCUGGUCAAAAAGUUCCAGGACUUAGCAGAAGGAAUCUUCCCCCAAGAUUUUCCCGAAGAUGUUUCUACAGAUGAAGAUGAUGAUGAAUUCAGCAGGGGAAGGCGAAAGAAAAAAGCUGUCAAACCUUGGGAGAAAAACAAGUUGGAAAAGGUAAAAGAGGAUGAACAAGAGAUGUCAAGUGCAAAGGAGGCAUCAGUUCCCCAGAAGAAGAGGAAAAAAAGGAAGAAGAGGGACAGCCCAAGUGCUGAUUCUGGACCAGCUGAUGGAAAUUGUGAGGAGGGAAUAGCUGAAACAUCUGGAUCUAAUGGUUUUAGCCAGGGAAAGGUGCCAGAAAAUAACAAGGAAAGGAAGAAAAAGAAAUUGCAACUAAAUGAGGCAGAUGAGACCACAAACAUAGCAACUGACACCAGAGAAAAUCACAGUAUCUCUGCACAGAACAGUCCGGCUGAUGCAGAACAGAGUAAAAAGAGUCAGUUGAAGAAAAUGAAUCCAAAAGUGCAAAAUGUUCCUGUAAAACCAGCAUGUCAGAAUGGACCAGCUAAUGCCAGUGAGGCAGAGGAUGUCAGCCCAUCUGUCACACCAGUAACUCCUAAGGUUGUGAAAAAGAAACAGAAAGCAGGGUCUGUCUUGGUGAAUGGGGAUACCCUUUUGCAGCAAACUGACGUGAAAUCCAACAAGGAGGGCUUGCUGGGGACCCUGUCAGGAGAUGCAGACUCUGAAUCUGCACCCUCCAGAAAGGUCAAAUUGAAGACAAAGCAAGUUGGUUUGGAAGGGAUGAAAGUCUCCAGCCAGAAAGCAGCAACCUUGAAAAAGAAGAGAAAAGUAAAAGAGGUGCUGAACUCUGUCGAAGCCAAUGGAAUUCUGGAGACUGCAUGCAAGAAGAGCAGGAAGGGGGAAAGCAGUGCUGCUCUGUCACCAUUAAAGAAAAAGAAAGCAAAACCAGGAAAUGAUUUUGUAAAAUUUGAAAAAUCAACUUUACCAAAGCCAGUGUUCUUCAGGAAGGCCAGAAGCACCAUCUCUUCGCCCAGGGCAUCCAUGCAGCUGAACAAGCUGCAGUCGUCCAGCUCCAAAAAAGUCACAUUUGGCUUGAAUAAAAACAUGACUGCUGAAUUUAAAAAGACUGACAAAAGUAUAUUAGUGAGUCCCGAAGGACCUUCCCGUGUGGCUUUCAAUCCUGAACAGAAACCCCGUCAUGGGGUGCUGAAGUCACCCACAGGUACCCCAGCAGGAGAGCCUCAAAUGAAGAAAACAUUUACUGUAUCAGCUAAGAAGAGACCAACUGCUAUGGACUUCUUUUAA